AUGAAGAUCCUCAUCACUGGCGCUGCAGGGUUCAUAGGACAGAUUGUGUCCAAAGCUCUUCUGGAUGAUGGUUCGCACGAUCUUAUUCUGACGGAUGUGAUUGAGCCUCCCAUUCCUCGAGGCGUCAAAUAUCCUCAGAAGGCCAAAACCAUCCAAGCAGACCUCAUUGACUCGCCUACGAGUGUCGUUACUAAAGACCUUGACGCCGCCGUUUUACUCCAUGGAGUCAUGUCUUCGGCCGCUGAAGCGGAUUUCGACCUGGGCUAUCGCGUCAAUGUAACUGCAACAUGGACUCUGUUGAAUAAUUUGGCAAAGACAUGCCCUGGAGUUCGAGUCCUCUACGCCUCCAGCGAAGCUGUCUACGGCACCCCUGUACCAAAGCACAAUGUUACCGAGAGGGAUAUUACAACCCCAGAGAUGUCCUACGGCUGCCAGAAAGUCAUCUGCGAAACACUUAUCAACGACUAUACCCGUCGGGGAAUGAUCAAUGGGUUCUCUCUCCGUUUCCCGACCAUCUCGGUUCGACCUGGCGCACCUAGCAAGGCUAUUUCCGCUUUCUUGUCAGGCAUUAUUCGAGAACCCAUGAAUGGAGAGGAAUGCGUUGUGCCCCUAAAGGAUCGCGCAUGGCGGCACUGGAUGUCUUCUCCUAAGACAUUGGUGCAUAACAUUCUUGUGGCACUCAACUUCCCUCGUGAUGCCCUUCCAACACACAGAAGGGUCCUCAAUAUGCCAGGGUUUGCAGUCACCAUCCAAGAUAUGUUGGAUGCUUUGGAGGAGGUUGGAGGAAAGGACAAGUUAGCCUUUGUGCGAGAAGAGGAUGUUCCUUCUUUAAAAUCCACAUUAUACUCUUGGGCAGAUGACUUCGACAACUCUUUGGCUCUGUCACUUGGGAUGAAGCAGGACACAUCUUUUGUCAACUCGGUGAAAGACUACAUCGAAACGUUAGAGGAGGCCAAAUAGUAGGAGCGUGUGGAAGUGAAAGCUAAUAGGGUACCUGAUAGAGUAAUUGUGUAUAACUUGUUAGCAUUUAAAAGAGGCUUGGUUAUAAAACGAAGUCAAGUUUGGAUGGUUAUUUGGAGAGUACAUCUAAUCUUCAGAAACAAUCAUUCUCACUGAGGAUAUGGGAAUCAAGAGGGCGAAUAUCUUCAUUUGUAAGACUGCAACAUCUACAUAGGUUUCGAAUGGUUUCUAGUCUUUGGUAGUAAAAUACAGCGACAC